UCCAGGAGUAAAGGAAAUUCAAAAUUUGAAAUCAGAGGUCUAGCGAUGGCGACGAAAUCGAAUAUGAAGGGUUUCUACAAGCAGAAGAAGGCCGGUAUCUCCAAGAAGAAGAAAUCCCCCGCCGCCUCUCUGGGCUCCGACGCCACCCAACCCUCCGCCCUCAUCUCCCACGGCGCUCCUGAUCUCAAAGAUGAUUACGAUGAGCAAGAGGAGCUGUUGAGGCAGUUUGAUCUGAAACGGCGGGAGAGGGCUUGCAAGCUGGGGAUGAAUCCUCCCAAGGAGGUGGAGAGUUUGUUGAAAGGUGGGAAGGUUCGGCUCGAUUCGCUGUGGGAUGGGAGGAUUUAGGGAUUGCGGGAAUGAGGUUUUACUGGAGUUUCUGUGGUGUUUAGAGGUGAGAGGUUUCGGCGUCUUGCUGAAACUUGGCUGUGUUUUUACAAUGUAGUUUGGGUACUCUUUGUUGUUCCUGUGUCCUUGAUUUAGCAGUAGAAGCUAUCUUUUAAGCCAUGUAAUGUGAUGUGACACUAUGUGGUUUGGUGUUCAAAUGUGCGGUUGUUUUGUAGCGUGUACUUGAUUCACUUAUGCUAUUGUUGAUCGUAUCGUUUAGUUUUGGGAUA